AUGUUUCCACGGAGCAAAGAUUGGAGGCGCAGCCCCGUCGGGCCCCGCACUCCCUGGCAUUUAAACGACACCUCCUUCCUGAUACGGCCCCCUUGCCGAUGCGACGGCAGCGCUCCAUUCCUCGUCCUGCUGGUCACCAGCUCCCCCGAUCAGUUCGAGGCUCGCUCGGCCAUCCGCCAGACCUGGGGGAGCGAACGACAGGUCGGCGGAGCCAGGUCGGUCACCUAUUUCAUGUUGGGACACGGGCGGGAGCAGCAGGACUGGAUCCUGCAAGAGGGCGCUCUGCACCGCGACAUUAUUCAGGGAGAUUUCGAGGACACGUACAACAACCUGACCCUUAAGGUGCUGCUGGGUCUGAAGUGGCUCUGCCUCUCCUGUCCCUCCGCCUUCUUCGUGAUGAAGACCGACUCCGACAUGUUCAUCAACACCGACUAUCUGAUAAAGCUACUGUCCCGGGUCCCCCGCAAGAACCUUGCCACUGGCUUAAUUGUGAAAAACCCUAGACCCGACCGCUAUAAAUCCAGCAAAUGGUACUUCAGCAAGGAGGAGUACCCUGCGGCAAUGUACCCAAAUUACUGUUCCGGCAUCGGGUACGUUCUCUCCACUGACGUGGCCUGCCGUGUGUGGAACAUCUCCGCGAAGGUGCCCAUGUUAAGAUUCGAGGAUGUUUACGUCGGGCUUUGCCUGGCGGAGCUGAAGGUCGAACUGGCAAAAAUCCACUCCCGGCCCAUCUUCUACGGCCACAGGGUAUCGUUUUCCAUCUGCUCCUACCGGCAGCUCGUCACCUCGCACCACAUCAGACCCUCCGAGCAGCUGCUCUACUGGAGAGGGCUGCAGGACUCGGCCGAAGACCCAUGCCCGGAAGACGCGUGA